AUGGAUGUCUUGUUAUCCCUCCCCAUUGUGUCCUAUCUUCUGGCACCAGCAGUGACCUCGUGGUCGACCUCUCUUAAUCUUCUCUUCUUCUACCUGACAUGGUCGACUCUUAUCCUAUCCUACUCGCCUUUGCGCAUUGAGCUCUUUGGCACCCUCGCCAUACGAAUAAUAUUCUGGUUAUUACCAUCACUCUUGUUUCUCACCUUUGAUAUCAUCCUCCCAUCCCUCGCCGAAUCCAUCAAGUUCGGCGGCUCCCGCGCCCUUCCUCCUCGCGAUGCAAAGGUUCUGGGAAAGACACUCUUGCUCGCGCUGCUCAAUCUGACUCUCGAGACGGCACUCGAGGCUGGGAUCAGCCUUGGCCUCACCACCUACUUCAGAACGCCGUUCUUCAAGACCAGCACGACGCUCCCGCUCCCAUGGCAGCUGAUCAAGCAGGUUGUGUCUCUGAUCAUGGCCCGGGAAGCCCUGACAUACUACAUCCACCGCUACACACUCCAUUCGAACAAGAGCCCGCGCGCAUCGUCCAAGACCGACAAGUCCGUUGGCAAAAUCGCAAACUUGCACGGGAAAUACGCCCAUGCCCGCUCUGCGCCCCCCUUCAGUCUCGCCCUGGCCGCCGAUCACCCGGUGCCAUUCCUCCUGCACCGCUUCCUGCCGAUCUACCUUCCGGCGCUCGUCAUCCGACCUCAUCUGCUCACCUACUUCUUGUUUGUGGUCUUGGUCACCGGUGAGGAGACGCUGAGCAUGAGCGGAUACAACAUCGUCCCAGGCAUCAUCAUGGGCGGCAUGGCGCGACGAUGCGCCAUUCACUACAGCAAGGGGCACACUUCCACCAGCGGCAACUACGGCGCGUGGGGCCUCCUGGACUGGUCUCAUGGAACCUCUCUCGGCAAAGACGCCAUCGAUGACAUGAAGGACGAGGCUGAGAAGCAUCAGCUGAAAGAGCGCGGCGGGAGGGCCGCUAGCGAUGCCAUGGAUACUAUCAAUGAGGGUAUUGGCACGUGGAAGAAGGGCAGAGCAAAGGGACGAAAAGGUAAGAAGACAGCCAGUGAAAGUGAGAGUGAAAGCGACAGCGACUUUAUUGAGUAA